UUGCUCACUCAAAUCAAGUAUGAUUGCCAAUUUGAUUAAGGAGCCUCUUACAGGUGUUAUUAUGUUUGGUAUGAUAUAGUGACGACUUGAUUUUGUAUAGUGCGAUUCGUAGAACAUACAUUCCACAGCAGAUGGAUCUGCUUAGAUGAGUGCGGGGUCCAGUAAAAGUGAUUCCUGCUGCGCAUUUUACAGUCUUGGAGCCAUAAAGGAAAAGCUGAAUGCAUCUAUUCCUGGAGUUUACGUGCACUCAUUGAAAAUCGGUGAUAAUUUCCUUGAGGAUGUUGAAAAUGGGUACUUUAUGCAUCCUGACAGUCAAAUCGAGAUGGCUUGUGAAAAAAUCCAGCAGGAUUCUCAAUUAGCCAAUGGAUUCAAUGCGAUAGGAUUUUCGCAAGGAGCUCAAUUUUUGAGAGCUUUAGUGCAAAGAUGCCCAACUCCGCGUAUAAAGAACCUAAUUUCAGUCGGAGGACAACACCAAGGAGUUUACGGUCUGCCCAACUGCGGAGCUUUAUCGAAUAACGCUUGCGAUUACAUUCGGAAAUUGCUCAACCAUGCAGCUUACAUUGAUUGGGUGCAAAAAGGUUUGGUGCAAGCUACCUACUGGCAUGAUCCUUUGAAUGAGGAAGAAUACAAGAAAAACAGCUCGUUCUUAGCCGACAUUAAUAAUGAGCUAGUGAUCAACGAGACAUACAAAACCAAUCUUUUGACAAAAGAGUGGAAAGUAGACAUUUACAGUAUGAGUAAGUUGCGAGUUCUCUUCCGAACUGUGCUGGAAAAACAUCCCAUAAUAGGAAAUUCGGUUGUUUAUGGUACACUAUGUGUAGCUGCUGAAGCGUCGCAACAAACCAUCAACAAAAAAAUAUUGAAUAAACCAUCGCAACCUUUGGACUUGGAGACUAUAGGAAGAUAUGGAAUUUAUGGAACUGGAAUAGGCGGGCCUUUGCUGGCAGUAUGGUAUAGAUAUCUAGACAAGAAACUACCAGGCGCAACAGCAAAAGUUGUCGUUAAGAAAAUGCUUAUUGACCAGUUUUUAUUCACACCUCAGCUACUGGUCAUCUUUUAUGUUACGAUGAGCAUUUUAGAACAUAAAGAAGACCUGCUAGCUGAAUGCAAGAGCAAAUUUGCCCAUACCUUUUUGGCGAACUGUUUGUUUUGGCUACCAGGACAAGCCAUUAAUUUUUCCUUGGUUCCCAGCAUAUACAGGGUGACUUAUGUGGGAACCUGCUCUUUUGCCUGGAUCAGCAUUUUGUGUUGGCUGAAGCGGCAAGAUGUGGCUUCUUCGAAACCUGAUGAUAGUUGAUGCUAGUUCUAGACACUAAUUUAAUGUUGUCGAAUUAAAUUUUAGUAGGUACCCAAUUGUUUUAUAAACCUGCUUGUACAAUUUCAUAUAAAAAUAUAGCGAGUUAACUUGCAGCAGCAAAA